AUGUCGACCUCGGCGAGGCCCCCCAACCCCUUGAUCGAGGUGGUCCGCCACUUUUGGGACCUUGGCUUUACCUCGUUCGGCGGUCCGGGAGUGCACGUCGUCAUUCUGCGGAAGCGCUUCGUCGACAGGCUGCAGUGGCUCGAUGCCACCACGUUUGCCGACCUCUUCGCCCUCGGAAACGCCCUUCCCGGUCCGGGCUCGACCCAGCUCGCCUUUUCCAUUGCCGUGGCCAAGCAUGGCACCUUGGCCGGCCUGCUCGCCUUCCUCAUCUGGUCACUGCCGGGGGCGGCCGCCAUGGCUGCCAUCGGCGCCGCGGUCAAGGCCUUCCCCGACGAGCUCCCCGCCAUCGUCCUGGCCCUUUUUACAGGCCUCAACUCGGCCGCCGUCGGCCUCAUCGCGCUCGCCGCCAUGCAGCUCGCAAGGGGCGCCAUUACCGAUCGCUUGACCCGCAUCAUCGUCCUGGGCUCGGCCUCGUUUGGCAUCUGCUACCACGCGCCAUGGAUGUACCCCACCCUGGUCGUCUGCGGCGGCCUCUUGACCCUCGUGUUCGACUAUCGCGCAAAGAUCUGGACCACUGUCGUCGCGGCCUCGUCCCGGCGCUCGUCCGCUCGCAGGCAGAACGAUGUCCGACAGGACCCGGACGGGUCCAACACCACUGAUGACAUCGAGCUCGAGGCGCUCCCCAGCGAUCAGGCGCCUGGCAGCGCAGCCGACCAGGCAGCGGACCGAAACGGCCCCUCGGACGAUAACGGGGCGGACAAGAAGCUCGCGCCAACGUCGUCCAGCGCAUCCAUCGGCCUCCGCAGCAGGGCCGCCCAUACAGAGCGUUCGGCUGCUUCCAGCAGCAUCAGCGGCCCCGCCGGACCGGUCGAGGUCGUGCCAGACACGCAGCGUCAGGCGCAGCUCCAGGUUCCCGGUGCCAAAGCUGCGGUCUUGUCAGGUCUUCUCUUCGUGCUGCUCGUCGUCGUCCUCGUCGUAGUGCGCGCGCUGCUCAGGGAUCCGCCACGACUGCUUGAUUUCCUCACCAACAUGGUCAUUGCCGGCGUGACAAUCUUUGGAGGGGGACCCGUGGUGAUCCCAUUGCUUCGCGGCUACACCGUCGACUAUGGCUGGAUUGAACCGCGCGACUUUCUUCUCGGCUUCGCGGUGCUCCAGGCGAUGCCCGGACCCAACUUCAACUUUGCCGUCUACCUGGGCAUCCUCAGCAAUCCGACGAACCCGGUUCUGGGCGCCUUUCUUGGCUGGUUUGGCAUCUUUGCACCCGGCAUCCUCGCCAAGCUCGCGCUGCUGCCGCUCUACAACCGCUGGCGCAAGUUUGCUCCGGCCAAAUCCGUUCUCAGGGGACUGAACGCGGCUGCCGCCGGCCUCGUCUUCACCGCGGUGUGGCAGCUGUUCCUCGUCGGGUACAUUUACACGCCAGCGACGGGCGAGGCACCCGCGACCUCGACAGCCGGGCCGCUCACCUCCGACCCAUGGUGGGGCGUGAUCCUGGCCUGGAGCUUCACCGCGGUCGAAUGGUUCAACCUCGCCCCCGCGUUUGCCAUCCUCCUCGGUGGAUGCGCUGGACUUGCCUGGUACGGCGUCACCAGCUCCUAG